AUGUCGAUGUUUCCAACUGGUUCCAAUAACAAUGAUGCUGCUAGUCAAUUAGCUCAACCAUCAAUAUUUAACGUGAAAUUAUGUCCAUCGCCACAAUCAAUCGGAUGGAAUGCUGUGCUUGUUGUAUUAUUAUCUUCUAUAGUUAUAAUUGUUUUUCUGUUAACAGUUCUUUAUUAUUUUAUUUCUCGUCGUCGAUAUUUCGAUGAAAAUUCGGAUAAUCCAACUUCCAUUCCACUUGCUGAAACGAAUGGAGUAACAUCCGUACCGAUAACAUGUACAUCACAAACAGCAACUGCAACACUUAUAACUGAGUCUGACAAAGAAGUCACAAUUACGACUUAUACCGAAAAAACAACAACUGUCAAUGGUAAUUUAGGUGGGAUGGCAGCUAUUGGAAAUGGACAUACAAGAUCACCAACUAAAAAUGGACAUGUAUCCAAUGGUAGUGCUCAUCCAAGUGAACAUCGUUUACUUCAACAUGAACAUAAUUAA